AGGAUCAGUUUACAGAUAUCACCCUGAUUGUAGAUGGCCAUCAUUUCAAAGCCCAUAAAGCUGUUCUUGCAGCCUGCAGCCAGUUCUUCCAUAAAUUCUUCCAAGACUUCACUCAGGAACCUUUAGUAGAGAUUGAAGGCACCAACUGUCAACAAAAGAUUUCUUUCAAAUAUAAAGUUUUAAGGACUUAUUUUGAGUAGAGGCUGAUUUUUCCCUCCCUUUCCCCAUGCUCCCUUCUUUCCCCAAUGGCAAUAGCUGUCUAGUGGAGAUUCACUCCCUACAAACUUCUGUACAUAGCUAAUUCAGGGGAAGGGGUGAUUACUUUCCUGAUGUGUCACAUUUUUCAGACAUUAAGUUAAUUGCAUGAUACCUUUAUAUUACGGGGUGCAUAGUACCUAUAUUAGAGGGAAUCUAGUGAGUGAGCUUUUAUCCAAGUUCCAGUGUGUCCAGUAGCCGACUUUGUGAAGCCUUUGCAAACAUUUCAAGAAAGUAGCUUGCAGGAGCCAUUCAACAGGACAAAAAUCUAGAUGACAGAAAAAGAUUGGUGUAAGCAACAUGGCAUUUCGUCACUUAAUUGAGUUCACCUACACAGCAAAACUCAUGGUUCAGGGUGAAGAAGAAGCAAAUGAUGUUUGGAAAGCAGCUGAGUAUCUACAGAUGUUAGAAGCCAUUAAAGCACUUGAAAUUAGGAACAAAGAAAAUUCAUCACCACUAGACUCCAGUCAAACACAAGGUAAAAAUAAAACCAAAAAGAGGAAGAUAGCUGAAACCUCCAAUGUUAUCACAGAAACGUUGCCAUCGGCAGAAUCGGAGCCUGUUGAAAUUGAGGUGGAGAUUGCUGAAGGGACAAUUGAAGUAGAAGAUGACAGCAUUGAAACACUUGAGGAAGUGGCAUCUGCAGAGCAGUCUAUAAAAUAUAUACAGACUACGGAUACGUCAGACGAGUCUGCUUUGGCUCUUCUGGCAGAUAUCACCAGCAAGUAUCGCCAAGGGGGGAGAGAAUGCCACGUCCAAGAAGAAAGUGACAGUGCAACUGAUCCCACAUGCAAACAGGUAGAAGGUAUUGAAAUUGUGGAACUUCAGCUGUCUCACGUGAACAAUUUAUUCCACUGUGAGAAAUGUAACCGUUCAUUUAAAUUGUUUUACCAUUUUAAGGAACACAUGAAAACUCACUCUACUGAGAGUUACAAGUGUGACAUAUGCAAUAAAAGGUACCUACGAGAGAGUGCAUUGAAACAGCACCUCACCUGUUACCACCUUGAUGAAGGUGGUGCCAGCAAGAAGCCAAAACCUGGCAAAAAAAUACAUGUAUGCCAGUACUGUGAUAAACAGUUUGACCACUUUGGACACUUUAAAGAACACCUGCGGAAACACACAGGUGAAAAACCGUUUGAAUGUCCAAACUGCCAUGAACGUUUUGCUAGAAAUAGCACUCUCAAAUGUCACUUGACCGCCUGUCAGUCUGGAGCUGGAGCUAAAAAGGGAAGAAAGAAACUGUAUGAAUGCCAGGUAUGUAACAGCGUGUUUAACAGCUGGGAUCAAUUUAAAGAUCACUUGGUAAUACACACAGGGGAAAAACCCAACCAUUGUACCUUCUGUGAUUUGUGGUUUAUGCAAGGCAGCGAACUGAGACGUCAUCUCAAAGAGAUUCAUGACAUUUCAGAGCGAAUAGUGGCUGAGGAGAUUCUCCCAGUGGAAGCUGUGGAAACUGAACCAGUGACUUCAAUGACUAUUAUAGAACAAGUCGAGCAAGUUCAUGUGCUACCUGUAAUUCAGGUACAAGUGGACCCUGCACAAGUAACUGUGGAACAGGUGCAUCCUGAUCUUAUACAGGACAAUCGGGUAAAAGGUACACACAUGGAUGACCUACAAGAGCAGGUACAGAUCAGUUACUUAGAAGUGGAACAUAUUCAAACUGACCAUGGUGCUGAAGUACGUGUAGAGGAGCUUCAUGUUGAACAUGUAAAUCAGAUAAAAAUGCAGGAGGUACAGGCAGAACUUGUAGAGGAAGCCGAUCCAGAACAAAUAGAGUCUGAAAACUUGAAUCAGAGGGACCUGGAGGAAAGCGGACCUGGUCAAGUAGGUGAGAUGGAAACAAAUACAGAAGAUCAUGACCAAGCUGAAGAUUUAAAAACUCAACAAAUAGUGGACACAUCAGAUGAAAAAGUGGAUGAUGAAAACUAAUGACUGGACCAUGCAUUUUUAGGAAUGAAAUACCAAAUUAUUUUUUGUUAACUUUUACAUUGAGUUUUGCACCAUCAGUGGUCAGCUUUCCAGUACUGCUGCCCUUAGGAAACCAGAGAAGUGGACCAAAGUUAGAAUAUUUCAUAUACAAUUCUCAUCUUGUUAAUGCAGAAAGGAUUUUCCCUUUUCUUGUAAUAGCAUGGAGCAAAAACUAUUCGAGCAAUGGGCAGCUUUGUGGGAAGUUUAAUAACUGGUGGAAUACCAUGCCCUUAUGUAUGUAGUUGUCACUGACUUUUUUCGCAGAAGCAAGCUCUUCUUAAUAUAUUUUGUGUGUAUGUGUGUGUGUGUGGCAGUAAAAACAAAAAAAAAGUAGAAUCUGUGCAUUCUAAUGUAUGUGUGGAUAUUUAAGAACAGUUGGUUUACACAUCUAGAAAAAGCACAGAUCAAUUUGUCAUCCAGAAACAAUGCCUUACAGUAGCAGCAAUCCUCACUUUACUUUCUUCUUAAUUGAGCAGCCUUUUUUCAGGCUAGAAAUUUUGAAGUUCUAGGCUGAGGAGAAGUGUUGGCACUAUUAAGUUCUUGAAGCGCAAAAGUUCUUGUGCCUUUUCAAAACUGACUAAUUAAACUUCCACAAAGCUCCUAGAGGGGUUAAGAAGCUAAUGCAGUAAAAAGCAAUGUACAUAAUGUUAUAGUGCUUUAUAUUUUUGCUUCACCUUGUCAGCUACAAAUUUUUUUCAUUCAAUUUAAAUGGGAAUGGAGGAAGAAAUGGCUUCCACGUUGUGAGAGUUCUUAAGAGGACCACUUAAAAUAGGAAAAAUUCAGCCAAAUCUGUUAAAUAUGAGCUGAAUGAAAAUCCUCUUCUCACCAGAUGUUUUUAAAAGCUUCGUUUUAUGAAUACAUUUAAAAACACAUGGAUAGAAAACAUGUCUGUAAAAUAUAUCAGGUUUCUGGCUUGCUUUUUUUUUCUUUUUUUUUUUUUUUUUAAAUGAAACUUUCUCUGACAUGACCCAAAAAUCUUGUGCUAAAAAUUAAAGCCAUAGGUAUGAGUGCUAAACUGUGCAUUUAAAAGUAGGAUUGUAAAUAUUUUAAUCAGUAUUAUUAGACAAUAAAACUGUACCAACCACAAAAGAAACUUUGGCAUUAUUUGCUUCAUCCAAUAAAUUAGGAAAUAAUUGUCUUCAGUUUUAGCACUUGUUAUCUAUAUACAAAUGGUAAGAAAGUUUGUUUAGCUGUAAUGUUGUAAAGUAUUCCCUCUUCCAGUGUAAUAAGUAUAGGCCAGAUUCUUAUCUCAUUAAUGAAAAUGAACUUUUUGCAGAUUUGUUUUGAUAGAAUAACUAACUCCAUAUAUGGAACUUAAAUGUUUGAAUUUCUUUUCAAGAAUGCUAAGGAUUUUCAUUUUCCACUGGUUUGUUUUUUUUUAGCAAAAUGCAGGGGUGUUCACCACUUCUGAUUAACAGGAACAUUUAUUCUCAUAGCUGAGGAAGGAAACAUUUUAUGCAGUUAAAUUCUUACAAAAUCUUAAGAUCUGCAGGACUGCUUACACUGAUUUGAUUAUUUUGUUUAUGCUCCUGAAAGUACAGUAUUACUCUUCCUCUUGAAUCCAAGUCCUUCAUCUAGUCUCAUUCUAAACGAUUCUUAUCUUCCAUCACUUCCCUUAAGAGACUAUUCCACUAUAAAUAUGGAUGUACAUUAAGUUCUCCAGCAACUUGAGAAAUAGAUUGCAUUGUUUCUGUUUAUGCUGUUGUUUACAUU